AUGGAUAUUCUACAUAUAACAUAUAAAGUACAUUAUGUCAAUACUGAAAUUGGUAUAAAUACCAAUAUCAAUUUAUAUAAAUUAGUAUAUGUCUCUCUACAGGCGUAUACUGUAAAUAAAAGACACUCUCUAUACAGAAAACCACCACUGUCAACCAUGGACACUCCGCCACAACUUCCAACGCGUCCGGGGCUCACGUUGCCCUCCUUCGUGAGCAAGAAGAAGACGGGCAUCACCAUCGACACGUCCUCUGCCCAUCACCAACAACAACAGCAGCAGCAGCAACAACAACAACAACAACAACAACAAUUGCUACAACACCAAUCGCACCCGCUACGACAACAGCAACUGCCACAGCAGAAACAGCUCCUUGAGCAAAGACAGCGGCAAUCCAGUAGUAACAAACCAUCAGGCGAUCGUACACAUGCUACACUCCAGACCUCUCCAAUUCAAGACACGGCGUAUCUAGACACGCUUAUUGAUGCCCUCCUUAAGAUUAGAGAGGAAAACAGCUGUUUGAAGAACCAAAUAUGGAAUAGAAUCGAUUCACUCAGUGAUUGUAUCAAAACAAAUGAUAACUUCAACAGUAGUUCCCCUUUGUCAUUUACCCCCAAUAGUUUGGCCCUUGAUGCCGGUCUCUCCAAUGAAGAGCUCCGAGAAAUGCUCCAUGCCCGCCGGGCGUACAAUGCGGCGCUCCGUGCUACCCUUGUUGAGUACGAGGAGGCCAUGGAGGUGCUACUCGACAAAAUGGUGCGCACAAAUAGCGCGCGUGCAAUGGAGGAAAAGUUAAUUCUCGAGCAAGGAGUUGGCGCUGUUAUGCUUGAGGAGGAGAGGAUGUAUUCAGAAUGGAGAAAAUAUACAGAGACUAUGCAACAAGUAUUUCUCUUGAACCGAAAUUUCACCACGUCCUUGCAGUGA